CAUAAAUCUGGCAAUUCAGUGCCGUGUGGCAGCUGGUGAACUCAGGAUGGUUCCUUGGAAAAUUGUCUUACUGUUUGCGAUAUUUGGCGGCGCGUUCGCUGAAAGACUAUUCCCAACUGGAAAGGUUGCAGCCCCAAGAAAAUACAUAAGUGAUGACGAAUCGCUACUAGAGGAAGACGAUGGAGGUUAUCGGCUUCCGAAGGAGACCGCACCUAGUCAUUACACAAUCCAGCUGAAGACUUCAGUUCAUCAGGGAGAUAUCGAUUUCCAAGGUGUUGUGGACAUUCACUUGGAUGUGGUCGAAUCCACGGAUAAGAUCGUGGUCAACAGUCGCGGAUUGGACAUCGUAUCGGCAACUCUGUAUAGCGUUGAAGAUGGCGAAUUGGUAUUGCUUGAGCAACCCCUCGAGACCUACGAUGAACAAACCGAGCAACUAACCUUCCAAUGCUCGUCAACUCUUGAUCUCGGCAGCUAUGUGCUGACCAUCGACUACACUGGACAACUGCAAUCGUCCGGCAGUGGAUUUUUCCGCAGAUUCUACCGAGAUGAGAACAACAACCGUCACUAUCUGGCAACGACCCAGUUCGAACCAACGAGAGCCCGCAUGGCGUUCCCGUGCUAUGACGAACCGACCCUCAAGGCUACCUUCACCGUAUCGAUAACUCACCACGUGACGUACAACGCAGUUUCCAAUAUGCCGCAGGAUGGUCCCGUGGUCGUCGACUCCGAGGAUCCAGAAUUCGUAACGACCACCUUCCAGAAAACCAAACGAAUGUCCACGUACCUGUUGGCUUUCGUGGUGUCGGACUUUGAAACUCGACAGCUGGGAAGUCAGCUGAUCCAUGCCCGGCCCAAUGCCAUCGACGAAACCGAAUUCGGUCUGGUAUCGGGUGACGCGAUUCUGGAUGCUCUGGGUGAGUAUACCGGAGUGUCGUACUACGACUACAAACCGAAAUUGGCGCAGAUUGCGAUUCCGGACUGGGGUAGCGGAGCCAUGGAGAACUGGGGUUUGGUGACCUAUGGAGAACCUGCACUGCUGUUCAAUCCGAAGGUCAGUACAUACCGCACAAAGACCGGCGUUGCUACAACCGUAGCACACGAGUUGGCUCACCAGUGGUUCGGAAAUCUGGUAACCACCGACUGGUGGAAGUACAUUUGGCUGAACGAAGGAUUCGCUAACCUCUACGGAUACUACGGAGCCCAUCUCGCUUACCCCGACGAGAAGUACAUGGAUCUACAUCAGAUACAGGCCGUUCAUCUAGCCCUGGCACAGGAUUCUACUGAAACCACGAGACCCAUGAACUGGAAUGCGAACACUCCAGCGGAAAUUUCUGCGCUGUUCGACACCAUCGCCUAUUACAAGUCUGGCAGUGUACUGAACAUGUUCCGCAUCAUUUUCGGAGAUGAAGCCUGGCGCAAAGGCCUGAAAACGUAUCUACUGAAUCGCCAACUGGAUGUUGCCACCGAUCUGGAUCUGUACGAAGCUUUGCAGAGUGCACUCUCCGCUGAGCGAUCCAUUCCGACCACCAUGACUGUGAAGGAGAUCAUGGAAAGUUGGACGAACGCAGCGGGAUAUCCCGUCCUCAACGUUCGUCGAAACUACCGAACCAAUGAAGUCAUCCUUUCCCAGCAGCGCUUCUUUUCGGACAAGAAGGUUCCAAACGAGCACCUUUGGUACAUUCCGUACAACUAUGCCGAUCAGAAGAACCAGCAGUUUGAGGUGGAUCAAGUCAGCUGGCUGACGAAGCGAGCUGGUAGGAUCCACGUCGACGUUAAACCCGAACAGUGGCUGGUCUUCAAUCGACAACAGUUCGGAUACUACCGUGUGAACUACGAUGCUCGCAAUUGGGAAAUGCUUACGUGGGCCAUGAUCCACUAUCCGGAGAGCAUUCAUCACUACAAUCGCGCCCAGCUGAUCGAUGAUGCCUUCAACCUAGCUCGGGCUGAAGUCCUUGACUUCAACGUGGCCCUACGUCUGCUGGCUUCGCUGAUCAACGAAGAGGAUUACCUUCCAUGGGCAGCAGGCGAUAAGGUGCUCCGUUAUCUGCACGGAAAAGUACGUGGCACAGACUUGCAAGGGCGCUUCGAAUACCUAGUUCAUACUUUGAUUGGAAACGUCUACAUGAAGCUGAAGGUUGAAUCCGUUGAUGCCGACGAGUCGUUGAAGGAUAAGUAUCUCAAGCAGCUAAUCUCCACGUGGGCGUGUCAAAUCGGAUACGUGGAUUGCUUGGAGAAGACGCAUGCUGCACUGAAGGCUGCGGUUGAUGGCAGUAUGGAAGUUCAUCCGGAUGUUUCGACGGUAGUGUACUGCUACGGUGUCCAGCACGCCUCGGACAACGAAUUCCUGUGGCUGUACAAUCGCAUGGUGGAUUCCAAAAACGAAGCCUACCGCUCGCUGGUAAUCAGCGCCUUGGGUUGUGCCCAGAACAAGGAUCACCUGAACUCGUACCUCUCGACUGCGAUCGGUUCCGUGUCGGAGAUCAACUAUUUGGACGCCGAACGACCCAGGGUCAUUCAGGCGGUGUAUUCGAACGAUCGCUACGGCGUUGACGUACUGAUCGACUAUCUGAAUACUGCGGCGCUGGCGGACGAUUUCGUGAACAGACUAGGUCAAUCGACGCUCAACAGUGCGAUCAGCAAUAUUGCUUCGCGUACAAAUACGGAGGAGGAGUUGGAUCGGUUGAAGGGAUUGCUGGAAACGCUGGGAUCACACGUGCCGGAAAAUGUACGCACUGCUGCCUUGACAACCGUCCAGGCCAACUUCGAUUGGCGCGACAGCUUGGAGGGGGUGAUCGUGGCCGAUUUUCUCGAAAUGAGCGGCUGGAAAUGAUUAUGAUUUAUGUGGAAAUAAAUACAUUCUUGAAGAAAUGUGUUU